AUGUCAGAAACAGACGAUGUAUUCGAUUUGAUAAAUUCAUUACCUGAAACAACACCACAACAGGACUCCAAAACCAAUGUUAAACCAACUGAUGAUAAAGAAGUGUUUGAUUUUCUUGACGAAAUAGCUCAGCAUGAACAAAAAAAGCCCAAAAAGAAAAUGGAACCAAAGAAGAAGGUGGAGAAUAUAGUUAGCUCUAAUGACGAAGAAGGAGAAGAGACAAAUGAUCCAACUACGGGGACUUCCUCAUCAGAUACCACUGAUGACCAUCAUGCUCAACAAAAGGAGCCAAAGGAGUCACCACCAGAUCACCUCGAAGUAAACCCAAUUGCAUCAUUAUCAUCGUGGUGGAAUCUGGAAGGAAACCAAAAAGUUUCAAAUUUGUGGGGCACCAUCACUUCCAAUGCCGAAAAAUUGAGUGAACAAACUUAUCAAUUGGCAUCAUCAACAACUAAUCAAUUGAAUGAACAAUCAAGAAAACACUUGGAUACCGAACAAAUUGGAUCUCGAUUAAACAAUUUAUUCAUAAACAUUUCACAACAAAUCAAACAAGGGUUAAUUGAAGACGCUGAUGAAGUGCUUAAUAUCUUGUUGGUUUCCGAUUUGUAUAACUUCACAUAUUUGCGUAAAUUAGUAUCCAAUAAUUUUAACUUGGCCAUGAAUCAAGUUGAAGGUGAUAUCAAUGUCACUGUGCACGAGUUUAAUCAUCAUGAGGAGAAAAGUGGCGGUAAUGGUAACAAUGGUGAUCAUGUCAAGUUGAAUUUAUUUUAUGGUAAAUUGAUUGAUGGUGAAAAAUUGGCCAAUGCAAAUUUGGAAAAUGCCAUUAAGGAGUAUAAAAAGGCUGAAAUUGCAAAGGAAAAGAAUGAUCAGGAGAAGGCAGAGCAGAAGGAAAAUAUCGAUAAGGAACAAAAGAUAGAAGAAGACAAUGACUAUGCCGAUACUCGCGAGAUUAUCAAAUCCAACAUCUUUAUCACAAUACAACCAAUUACCACUAAAAUCGACUCCAAACCACAAGAUGCAGCUGAAAAUGACUCACCAUCAACAACAUCCAUAAUCGACUCCCACAAUGCCACAUCGUUUUCAUUUACAUUGAUCCUCAAUGACAUUACAAACAACAUCACCAUAACUACACGUACACAACCAUUCCCAUUACGCUGGGCACAAUGGCUUGAUGGUGAACAGUUGAAGUUGAAUGAUGCGGGUGAUGUGGAAUUGGGAUUGGAUAAUGUUGAUCCUAAAGAAUGGGUUAAAGAUUGGAUUCGACAAGGGUUGAAUUUGGGCGUUGGUGUAUUGGCACAAGAGUAUGUGAUAAAGAGAAUGGGUAUAUAG